AUGCCGUUCCCCCGCCGCCAGCGCGCAGAAGAGGCCGGCGCCGCUGAAGAGACGCAACAUCCGCUGCUCUUCGCGGAGUGCGUCCGUCAUGAGAAUGCGCUUCAGCACGGAGCGGCGGAUGGUCCACAGCACGACGUCACCCUCCUGAUCAGCAGCAGCACGGCAGACCAGGUCGAUGUCGACACGGUCAUUAUACAUAUACAGGAGCCGCUCACGGCAUAA